AUGGCCAUAAGCUUUAGAACUGCCCGAAGGUUCUCGAUGGGAUUCAUUGGGACGCUCUCUCUCGCAUGCCUUGCUCUCUCCCUCUUUCUCUGGGAGGCCGGAUACUCCAAGUCGAACAACAUCGGUGCUGUGAUCGUCAUCUCGACUGGCGCAAUCAUCGGCUCGAUAUGGACAAUAUUUACGAAGGUGGUAUAUAAACCGCAACUUGUUUCAGUAGAGGCUACGUGGACGUUUGCCCUGUUACCUUUCGAAAUAUGUCUUUUCUCCGUCAACCUCGAUAUCGCAAAUGUGCCUGCUGCACAUGCCACCUACCUGUGCCUCGCAACACUUAUAUGGCUCAAUGCAGCUCUGGUUUUCAUAUACGCGGCAACCAUCAUUCUCCUUGCCUUCUUUACUCAGGUUUUGCAUGACCAGGAUGUUUGGUCCCGCGACAUUGAUUCGAGUCCGUCUCCGUUCCCGUUGCAUAUCAUCGUCGCAUACGCCGUUUCGUCUCUAACUCGACCCUUCAAUUCUUCGGUUACCCGUGAAAACCGACCGACGUCCCCUGCAUCGAAGGAACACUGUUUCCCUGGCUGUACUUGCUCCCGUAAACUUCUCAAUUCCUCGUCUCUUGCAGACCCGUGGACUCUCGGACCAACUUUGGAGAACGCUACCGGCGAUGUGUCAAGCAGUCCGCACCCCCUUAUCAACAUUCGUGUCCCGACAGCGAUGGAAAGACCGAAGCCAAUUGCCGUCACACUUCGGUCACGAUAA